AUGUCGGAGACCGCUCCCGCCGCCGCUCCCGCUGUCGCGGCCCCCGCCGCCAAGGCCGCCGCCAAGAAGCCGAAGAAGGCGGCGGGCGGCUCCAAAGCCCGCAAGCCCGCCGGCCCCAGCGUCACCGAGCUGAUCACCAAGGCUGUGUCCGCCUCCAAGGAGCGCAAGGGGCUCUCCCUCGCCGCGCUGAAAAAAGCGCUGGCCGCCGGCGGCUAUGAUGUGGAGAAGAACAACAGCCGCAUCAAGCUGGGGCUCAAGAGCCUGGUCAGCAAGGGCACCCUGGUGCAGACCAAGGGCACCGGCGCCUCCGGGUCGUUCCGCCUCAGCAAGAAACCUGGAGAAGUGAAGGAAAAAGCCCCCAAGAAGCGGGCGGCCGCAGCCAAGCCGAAGAAGCCGGCGGCCAAGAAGCCUGCCAGCGCCGCGAAGAAGCCCAAGAAGGCGGCGGCGGUGAAGAAGAGCCCCAAGAAAGCCAAGAAGCCGGCGGCCACCGCGACCAAGAAAGCGGCCAAGAGCCCCAAGAAGGCGACUAAGGCUGCCAAGCCCAAAAAGGCAGCGGCAGCAGCAAAGAGCCCGGCCAAGGCGAAGGCGGUGAAGCCCAAAGCUGCCAAGCCCAAGGCGGCCAAGCCCAAAGCGGCCAAGGCGAAGAAGGCGGCGCCCAAGAAGUGAAGUGUUGAAGUGGAAAUACUUAAACCCAACGGCUCUUUUAAGAGCCACCCACUAUUGUCCCAAAAAGGGCUGAUACACUCCGUCACCGAGCUCCGUGCCUACAGCAGAGCUAACCAGACGCCACUAUCCGUGUGGGACGUUCGUCUGUGUAGUGGAUGGGACACUAAACUUCCGCCGUGGUUACGCUAAAACUUGGAAAAAUAAAGUUUACAUUCCCU